AUGCGGUACCUGAAGGACUGGCUCGAGACGCUGCGCUCCACUCACCACGUGCUCUCCUGGUCCGUGGCCUCCGAGACCUGGUUGGAGAACUUCCCUCUGGGCUACUACCUCCUCGCCGUGCGCAAGGACGUGGGCGGCCUGCGCUGCGACGUCGCGGUGAACUGCGGCCCGGCGACGGUGGUGCCGGACCUCACCUCCCCGCAGCUCUACGACGCCAUCCGGACCAGCUCCCGGCGACCUCGGCGCAACGCCAGCGACCCCCCCAUGCCCAGCCUGGGGAUAAAAAAUCAGGGCGUUCUUGAGGCUUCUGCAACCGAGCUCCCCAGCUUCUCUCGAACUCGCCUGCUUUGGGCCUGUCUCGCGCCGAAUGCAUGCUCUGGCUCUUGGCUCACGUUCACUUGCCUUUCGUGCCGUGGCGAAAGCCCACGUGGCAGCCAUCGCAUUGUGCAGAAGCAGACACGAGAAACCAGUAGAUUCCACACGCAGGGCCCAAACCCCCACCGAAACGUCGUCAGCCUAGCCCUCAACCUUGCGGUCCUUUCGGCCCCCUUUUUUGGGACCACCUCAAGCCCUGACCACGAUAUCAGGCAACUUCACCCCAGUCUUGGGAGAGCCAGAGCCCCCUCCCCACCAAAAAAAAAGCUGAAUCCAGCCAUGCUUCCGGUGUUGAGCGCGCCGCUGUCCGAGCGCGAGGGCGCCCUUCGAGGCUUCCUACCCCGUUUUGCCCAUGCGCUCUGA